AUGGCAUCAUGCCAUUCCCCCUUCUGGGCCUUCUCCAAACCCGACAAGCAAACAAGACCCAAAUUCCUCACCAUCAGAUCCUCAAAAUGGUUCAUAAUGUUCGUCGUCGCCUUCGCCGCCGGCACCGACAUCUUCAUGUACGGCCUGAUCGUCCCAGUAACACCAACAGCCCUAAAAGAGCGCGUAGGCCUGCCGGACUCAAAACUGCAAAGCUGGACCUCCAUCCUGCUAGCACUGUACUCAGCAGCUCUACUAGCCUCAGCCCCCGUUGUCGGGUACAUCGCUGACCGAGCCGAGUCCCGUCGAUGGCCUCUGCUGUUUGGACUGGUAGCGCUGGCUGCUGCGACGGCUUUGCUGUGCGUUGGCACGAAUAUCGCGCUUUGGAUUACUGGAAGGGUUUUUCAGGGUGUUGCGGCUGCUAUUGUUUGGACGGCUGGUCUAGCGUUGAUGGUUGAUACUGUCGGGAAAGAGGAUCUGGGUCAGGCUAUUGGGUAUGUUGGUAUGGCUAUUAGUUUGGGCACGUUGGGUGGACCGUUGCUUGGUGGGGUUGUUUAUCAGAGUGGUGGGUAUUAUGCUGUUUUUGGUCUUGCGUUUGGGCUUAUUGGGAUUGAUAUCUUGUUACGAUUGUUGCUUAUUGAGAAGAGACAUGCUGUCCAAUGGCUUGCGCUGGAAAUGAAACCAGAGGAAACCGGAGAGGAAAAUAUACUAGGCGAGGAGGGCGUCGCAGUUCCCUCGUCUCUGGGCAUUGAAGCUACAAACCAGACACCGCCAUCUCCUCUCCCAUCACGGGGUGCUUUCGCUCGACUCGCCAUCUUACUGAGCUCUCCCCGCCUCGUCGUCGCAGUCUGGGGCUAUUUCAUCAUCGCCCUCAUCCUAACAUCCUUCGACAGCGUCCUACCGCUCUUCGUCCACGAGACCUUCGGCUGGUCCCAAAGCGGCCAGGGCUUAAUCUUCAUCCCGCUCAUGGUGCCGCACGGACUAGACCCCGUAACCGGCUGGAUCAUUGACAGAUUCCCCAAGACCAUCCGCUACUUCACCGCAGCUGCGUUUCUCGCUUCCGUGCCGGUAAUGGUGCUCCUGCGUCUUGUCACGGAGAACUCGAUGCAGCAGAAGAUUCUUCUGUGUGCGCUACUCGCGCUGGUUGGGCUUUGCUUUGCUGUUGCUAUGCCGCCGCUUGUCGCGGAGGUCUUCUUUGCUGUGCAGGAGAAGGAAGAUGAUGCCCCUGGGAUCUUUGGGAGGGGUGGGGCUAUGGCGCUGGCUUUUGGAUUGUCGAAUAUGGGGUUCGCGGCUGGGAGUCUGAUUGGGCCUUUUUUUGCAGGGUUCAUUCGUCAGACUGCUGGUUGGGGGACGAUGGGUUGGGGGCUUGGGUUGAUUGCUGGUUCGACGGCCGUGCCUACGCUGUUGUUCUUGGGUGGGUGGAUUUUGAGAAAGCCUGGAGUGGAUGCGGUGCAAGUUAGGGACAGCACUGGCUGA